GAGAGAGAGAGAGAGAGAGAGAGAGAGAGAGAGAGAAAGGAGGGGGACAAGUGAGAGGGGAUAUGAAUAAAUUAUGCAGAUACGUUAUAUUGACCCCCGCUCCAAAACUAAUGCUUUCUGCUAUUAGCUGCGUGGAACUACAGACAUAAUAUUCAGACAGAAGUGAGAGAUCAUAAGGAGUUACUGACAGCAUUGUUCCAUGUUAUUUCAAGCGUCAAAACUGCGUUAUGCCUAAACAUGCAUGAUACAGAGAAGUGAAUAGAGAAUGCCCGUGUGUCAAUCCAAAACGCAACAGAGCCAUCUAGCUACAGGUGCCGUAACCAUGGUCCCAUAUAAGGAGAAAAUAGGCGGAGUUUCUUCGCGCGCCCGUUUUAUGUAAAUCGUGGGAACCGCAUUUCGCAUAAAUGAUUGGUCAAAAGAUCAUUCACAUUAUUUGCAUAACAAAUGGUUGAUCAAGUUUCCCUACGUACACGUGUGUGUGUGUCACUUCAGCCGCUCAGUGUGUACUGUACGGAACACACACUGCAUGACUGUACGCGUGCUAGCUAGCUCCCCAGCUGAGCUGCAUGCUCGCUCUUCUUAUUAUUCUUUGCAAGGCCUUCUUCCCAAACACUGCAGUAACCAGCUCGAUCAACAUGCUCACAAUAACGGAUUUUCUCUUCAGGAAACAUACAUUACGCAAAGUGUUGAUUUAAAAACAUUUUAAUUCAGUUAUUUGAUAUUUUUAUGCAGAGAAUAUGUCUUCUGGAUCUCGAUUUAGCUUUGAUUUCGGUGAUAUUUCUAGGAGGCGUCAUCACAAACUGACCCGCCAGCACUCGAUGAGCGCUCUGACGGAGACUGUCGGGUGCAAAGCUGUCAUGGUAGGCGAUUCGCAGGCGGGUAAAAGUGCUUUGGUCAACACGUUUUUGGAGAAGGAUCGUCUGAUCGAGAUUUACAAGCCCACAACAUUUGAUCGAUAUACCACAAUACUGGAUUUUGAUAAACAUCACAUAGAACUCAAUAUGUGGGACACUGGAGGAAAGCCAGAGUAUGACUUCCUUCGUCCACUAGCGUACCAGGACACAGAUGUGGCUAUCAUCUGCUUUGAUAUCUCACAACCAACAUCACUUGAAUGCAUCUCCCAGAAGUGGUUUCCAGAGAUUCGCAAACACUGUCCUAAAUGUCCAGUGAUUGUCGCAGGGUGCAAGUCUGAUCUACGAAACGAUAUUCACGUCAUGACCAGGCUUACAGAGAUGAAGAUGAUUCCAGUGUCGCAUGAUAAGGGUAGCACGCUAGCAUCCCAGAUUGGAGCCGUAGCAUAUGUAGAGAGCUCCGCGCGGACCAACACAUCAGGCGUACGAGAAGUGUUCGAGAUGGCGGCCUUAGCAUCCAUCGGCAAACUCAACCUACAGAAAUCCUAUGUGGGCUUACCGAAUGAAAGCAAAAGACUUUCCAUUACCGAGUCGCUGCGUUUCAGGAAAAGGGCGGAGGUGAUGACGCCGAAAGUGAGAGUGAAAUCAAUGGUGAUAGACAAAGACCGGAAGUCUUGCUUGGUCAUGUGAUUCAAAAUUUCUGCAGCUCAUAGUUUGAAAUCAGAUUCAAAUUUGUAAGGAUCAUGGACUCAAAACUCUCAACCUGUGAUGCAGGAUAAUACUUGUACAUUUUUCCAGGACCUUCAGAAUUAGACCUGGACUUGUAUGCAGCUAUGAUUGGAACUUAGAAGUCUUGGCAGGACCAAGACUAGCUGUUAAGACUAGUCCAGAGGAGUCUUUAUGUAAUUUCACCAUUGUUUGUGAGUGGAAAUCUUCUGGUCCUGAAGAGUUUGGAAUCAGAAAAAGGUUGGUUUCAGAACUGACUGGAUCUACAAACUUACAAAGCAGGCUGAAGACAGUGCUGUCAUUUCAUCAAAUGUUCUGAUCUUGAAGACUUGAUGAUCCACAAUUCUUGUUUCAGAACUGACUGGAUCCACAAAAUGGGCAAACGGUCCAAAUGUGCUACACUCUAAUAUACUUCAUCAUGAUUGCGACCAUUCUUCUCAACCUCUGAUUGUGAUUAGUAUAAUUCAGUCCUAUGAAGAGAGACUUCUAUUAGUGGUUUUUUUAUGUGUGCUUUAUUAAAGGAACUUACAAACUUGAUACUUAGAGAUCCAUUUGACAGGCCUGAAAUAUUUUGUAAAACCAACCUUGGUAAGAAAUAGAAUACAGGAUCUUCCCUUGGAAUAUAGAGACUGAAAAUUCCUACUCAAUCCGAAUUCCUAACUUCAACACUGGUCCAAUCACUAUACUAAACCCUUAGUCUAUGUAUAUAUAAGAAUGCAAACUUUGUGCAGCAAAUGACUUAAGCAUAUACACUAAGCUCUGUGUUCUAAGAUGUGAAUGGACAUGUGACCUGUAUUGCACUUUACGUAUUGCCCCAUCAUGUCCUAACGAGCCUUAAACCUGCAUCCUCUUAGAAGUAGAGCAAGUGUUGGGGUUACCAUUUUAUAUAUAAUUAGAUUGGAUCAAUUAAGAUCAUCAAAAUUCUAUCAUAUUGUACAGGUACAGUUACACAUUUUUUUGUGAAUGCUUCAUUGUUCAUCUCCUUUUCCUCAAUGUUAGAAAGAUAGUUAGUGGAAUUACCUCACCUUCCAUGUGAUGAAACAUGUGACAAAGGGAGAGGUUACACAGGAAUUGUGCAAUGUUAUUGAGUUGAAAGGCAGUUUCUUAAUUAUCCUGGAUUUAUGUGCUUAGAAACUAAGAAUGUAAUUUGCAAGGAUAUAGAUGUCUAUGUCCUUUUACUAAUGUCAUAAAUAAAGCAUUUAUGGGUCAAUUUACUUCCUUGUAAGAAAUAAGAGAGUGAAACCAUUGAAUAAUGCCCAUAAUUAACCAGCAACUAAGAGAGUAUUUCAUGCUGGCAAAUUACUAGUUAAUGGAAUGGGAGAUAUAAUAGUGCAAUUUGCUCAUGACCCAUAUUGUGUUAUCGUUGAGUCAUAAGGGAAAUUUAUAUGUAUGUAAGUUUUACUUAAAGGCGCUCAUUAUUCAACAUUCAAAGUGAUAUUAUACUUACCCACACUACUAAAAAACAAUGAUUGUAUAUCCUUCCCACAAUGGAAUCGGGCAGUUAUUGUUAUCUGUGUAAUUGCCAAUGAGAUAUACAUUGUGGAACACUAUCAUGCUAUGGAAAAAGUCUCAAUCUCUCUUUCUUAUUGUCUCUUAUUUCCAUUUAUUCAUCUCACUCUCUCUCUCUCUCUCUCUCUCUCUCUCUCUCUCUCUCUCUCUCUUGCUCU